UGGAAUACAGUUAACUGUAUGUUGCUGACUAGAUUUAGCUUUUUUCUCAAAAGGCAAAAAGGCAUAAUUAUUUAUAAAACAAAGUAUGAAAAUCCCUGUUCUGGUAAUUUUUACUCAGCAGUGCAGUAUAAAUUGACCACAGGAGGAUGAAGUUUGCGAUUGAAGGGAAAUGUGACUUGAAAAGAUGCAACUGUAGUAGAUGAACGUGUGUGAUAACCAUGAAGACCUGCCUCUUUCACCAAGAAGCAGAAUAGGAAAGACAAGAGAAGGAAACUAAGGAAAGAAGGAUGGUUCACAACUUGUAUACUGAAGUUCACCUUCAAAACUAAUGACAAAGACUUAAAGGUAUUACUAACUCAAGAUUGAAACAAGUAAAAAGUAAUAUUUUUUUAAUGGUACUUAAUAAUUUAGAUUUCCAUCUGUAUUUUUCCUUUUCAUCUUUUCAUGCCCUGCCUUCCCCUUUACAUAGUGUAGACAACUCUCUGCUAGUUCUUAAUUUUCAAGCUGCGUUGCUUGGAGGUAUUCAAUCAUAAAUCACAAUGGUGUGUUUCUUUCCAUUUACUAAAUGAGAGUACACAUAAUUUCUGCAUUGAAUGAUAAGUUAGGUUGCCACAAAUGCUUUGGCUUAAGACCUUGACAUUCAUUCCCUCUCCACAGGCAUUAAUGUCAGAAAAGCUCAAUUGUUUGAGCAGUCACAUGGAAAGUAAAUGCAAGAAGUGCCCCAGUAUGACUGAAGGAAAUUCACUGAAAAAUUAGGAAGAAAAAAGGCAAAAAGGGAAGAUACGUGUCUAUAGAAAAGGAAUAUAGUUAGACAUGGAAAUAAGCCUUGUAGCUGCCUUGAACUCAGUUUCUGGGUAAUGAAGAGCUCCUUUGAAGAUUUCUGUUGGAUAUGGGUUAUCUGGACACCAGCAAACUUAAGUAUUAGUAGACCUCAGGGAACAGAGGAUAAAAAUGUAAUUCCUAGUAGGGGCUUAAGUACUGAUUUGCUUCUCUGCGGGAGACUGGAGCAGGCUGCCAGACAGAAGUUUCAAAAGAAGCCUGGCUGUGGGAGAUGCUAUGGGCAUGUGAAGCAGCUGAAGAACAGGGAAUUACAAUUAUACAAGCCUUCUAGUUCCUGCUGAACAAGACAGAUUUCUUGUAGAAACUAAUGCAAAUCCCUAAUACGUGUGACAAAGGAGCGUCACAGUGAAGUGGGAGAAAACAUCCAGUGACAGAGCUCUGGCAGGAUGAACCCAAGAGGAGGAGCUGCUCCAGGUGUCUGUUUGUGGGGUGCGUCAAAUGAAAUGGAGGUGAGUGAAAUUGUUUUACUGGCAAAAAAAGACUGGUGCACAGAAAGUGGAAUGAGCAAAUCUGAGUUGUAGGGACAAGCAAAGGAGUUGAGUGGCGCUGGGGCAACGCGUGCCUUUUCUUCUCUCCAUCUGAUGCCGUCCAAGGCAGUUUGCAUCAACUCCUCUGCAGUGGCAUGCAGUCACCAGGUAGGUACCAAACUGUGCCAGGUGUGGUAUCCUACUCCUUUGAAAUGAAAACUUCAUGGGGAAGAGCAAACAGAGAUCUUACUAGGGUACUCGUUGGAUUCAGUUCAGCCUCAAACACUUGUUUCUUUCAUCUUCAGGAGGAAGAAAAAAAAAAAGGCAAAAUGAGUGGAGAGCAAGCCCUCGCUUUGGAAAAGGAAUUCUAGCUGAAGCCAGGAGUGGGCAAAGUUGAUACAAAUCUUGGUUUGAUUAGCAUGUAUAGGAAUCAUUUACAGUCAUUUAUCUCCUUUUUUCCUAGUGUUUUCCUCCUAAACUUGUUGUUUUGCUCUGUAAAAGUGAGACUGGUCAGCUGCUUUUCUGUUACCCUCUGAGGGAAGAGUUCUGCAGGUGCUGAAUUGCACUCAGAAGUGUGGAGAAGGAUCACCAUGAUUUACAAGGAGGCUUCAGGUCAAAACCCUUCUGAGGAAGAGAAGAAGCAGGUUCUGAUCAGAGAAAGAUAACUGCUUCUGCCUGAAAGUUAAACAGGUGCCCUUGAGGGGAGACCACACAGGGAUCACAGGUUCAAUCAGCUCCAGAGAUGUGGUAAUCACUAGAUGGGUCAUUUACCUAAGUAGUCUAGAGGUAGCAAUAACUAUUCAUUACUGCAGAGCUAUCAAAAUUAUGGUUCUCUUUUUUCCAUCUUUUCAUGGUCUUCCUUCCUUCCCUAAGCAUAUAAAGAGCAAAAUAGGAAAGCCAUUAUAUUAAAUCGCUCUUAAAUAAUGUGGAACAAUGAGCUUAGUUAUAAGUAGUGUUUAUAAAUGGUAUUGAAGAAGAAAAAAAAACACAGAGGAGUCUACAGCUAUCACACAAAUUAUUUCCACCCAUGGGUUUGGAAAGUUGUUAGUCCAAAUUGACCUAACUUCCUACAUUUGACUGAGUAAUGUCUCAAGAGAUUGAUAGUCUUUCCUUUUGAGCUCCGAAAUAAAAGAAGAAGAAAGAUAGGCAUUCAACUCGGUGUCAUCCAGUGAAGGGCAGACUCAUGUCAAAGAAAUCUGGAAGUUCCAACCACCUGAGACACAGCCUGGCACAACAGUCCAAACAAGUUAUUCAAAGCUGCAUGGUUAAAGAGGGUAGGUUAUAGAGGCCAGACAGCUGAUAGCCAUUAAAGAGAGCUGUUCCUGUGCUGAUAAGACUAAUCUGCUCACUUGAAUAUUUAUCUGAGAUGCAGAAGACUUGCAUUCAGUUUUAGGUUUUAUAAAGGCAGCCCGUGCUCCCUGGACAGUUAGUUAUUCGACCUCUUCUGUGGUUCCUCUAUGAGAAAUUGGUGUAAUAGUUCUCUGGCUCAUGGUCACGUGCUGGUAACCACCAGAAAAGAUCACUGCCAAGGUGCUCUAACUCCAUGCUCCAUCCACUAAAAGACAGUUCAGAGAAACAAGAAUGGAUGUUUUCUUUCUGUAAGCUUUGUUUAUGAAAUGUGUUCUCACUGAAACCCAUUAAUCAAAACAUAGUCUGAUGCAUGGUUAUUUGCUUGAUCUCGUGUUUACUCAAGUCAGCAGAAAUCUUUCACUGGAUGUUUAAUGUCUUCCCCUCCCUGCCUUGGUGUGACGCUUCCUGGUCAGUGGACCAGCUGAGGAAAAACGCUCGAGAGUAAAAGCCGUUGGGAUGAGUGGUGAAGCAACAAGGACCCAGAAAAAUGAAUCUGAAGGGUUACAUAGUCUGCAGUUUAAAAGUAAUUGUAGCCCUGCAGUUAAGAGACAAUGUAAGUACUGUUGCAGCCACGAUGGUUCAAAGGUGUAAGGAAAAUAAGGUUGUUUAAGUUCUAAAUCAACUUUAAAUGCCUUUAUUCUUACUUUUAUUACACGUAUCCCCAUAGCCUGAACUGCAGAAUAGAGUGCUCAAGAAGCUGAACACUGACUCAAUAAAUCUCUGUAGUUCAUCAGGUAAAGCAAUUGAAUUUUGAAGUGGUAAAUGCCGUUGUUUGAACUUCGGGAUUUUUUUGCUUGAGACGUAACCUUCAUUAAAUAACAGUGUCUUGAACUUGCGUUGUUUCCCCACAAAGACUGGUGAUGAUACUAACCUCGAAUGCAGUCUGUAGGCAAGGAGCAGAGGCAGGAGGAGCACGUGCUACAAGAAAGGCUGUGUCCAGCCACGACCCACGCGGCUCCGCUCCAGGACAAGUCACGGUUGUUUCAGCAGCUUGCUCGGUGCGAAGGGCUCAGUGCCACAGCGUCUGAGUGGUCACAUGCAAGCUCUGGGGACACCAGUGUCUGCCCCACACAGGUUGCACGUGCCACUGUGUGGGCAAUGCUGAAGGAAGCCAAGGAGGUAGUUCCUGAAAUUGCAGGGGUUUGUUUUGGUGAGAAAGAGGAGGAUUUCAGGUUUGCCUCUCCUGGAAAAAAAGAAAAUUUUAGUGUAGUCUCCUUUCUCUCCCACUCCUGUGAUUCCAGUAUUCUGACUUACUUUCUUUUAAAUAAGAGCUACCUGAUGAACUUCUCUAGUCAUCACUUCGGGGUGUUCAGCCACUUUUCACAUCAAAUGCUUAUUUAGUUAAUACCUGGGGGACAAUUUGUAAUUACUGGGACAAAUUCAGUAUGUACACAGAGUGUUUUAAGGGGAUUUAUUAUAAUCUACUUUUUUUUAUCUUUCAGCAAAUAGUUUCUAGAGUGAUUUUUAUGCCUCUAAGACAAAUUAACUGAUGAACCUGGAGUGAAAGUAGGAUUUAGACCUAAAGACCAAAAUUUCUAAAAGGUCUUCAAAUUUUACAGCAAUGGGAUUUUUAUGAAUGAAGGAGCAGCAUAUUAGAGGUCUUCAGGGAGGGCACUUCAGCUUGGGAGCAGACUUCUGCUUGUCCUUAAGAGGAGACUCAAAGGAACAGUGGCCAAAUGAGAAUGUUUCUAAAAGAUUAAAAAUGGGACUAAUGUAUUUGCUGGCACUUACGCAGCACAAUUAUUUCACCCAAGUCAACAUGUUUCUGCAAUUGGCAGCCCUGGAACCGAAGCAUGUGACUCAGCAACUUGGCAGUCUUGUUCAAGAAUGUACAUCAUUUAUAUUCAGGAACUAUUUUCAAGCUAAGCAAAUAUGUUGUUAUAGAAAGGGGAAAAUUGUGAAAACUUACUGCGGAACUCUGCUACAGCAGAUACAGUCAGGUGAAAAUGUAGGAAGGAUGGUGGUGAACUUCAGCAAAGCCAGCAGAGGUUGUGACAGGCUGCCCAGAGAGGCUGCGGAUCCGUUAUCCUUGGAGAUUUUCAGCAUCCAACUUGUAAAAGCCCUCACCACUCCGAUGGGAACUCAGUGCAACCUUGAUUCAGGAAAAAAAACUUGGACUAGAGAUCUCCUGUGGGCCCUCCAGUCACGGCCUCUGCAGGGGCUUGUGCAAGCAUCGCUGUCACAGCUACAGACAUGGGAACUGCGGCAAACUCCCCGGUAGCUGAGACCAGGGGCCACUUUGGCAUUCCGCUCCCCGCUCCGCUGAGUCAGCUCCAAGGUGGGACACUUUGCUUUUCUUCCUCUUUUUCCUCCCUGGGCCAGGAAUAGCGCCAGGAGCAGAAGACAGUUGCGCUCUAGCUCAACUGCUGGUCGGUUUUUAACCCUGUAUUUUUAUCUCUGCCAUACGACGCUGAUCCCAGAGAGGAGCCCAAGCUGAACAUUGCUGUCUUGUUUGCUGGGUCUUCUGCCGCGCAUAAAAAUUCAGGCCUGAAAGGUUCAUCUGGAGACUCUGAAAAGGUCUUUCUACUUCAGCUUUGCAAACACGGGUUUUGAUCAUAGGGUAUGGCUGGUGGGAGCAGGAACGCUCGCUGUACCGCAGCAUUCAGCUCCAGCACGGUAGCCGUUGCAGUAACGAAAAUGUGGAUCGCAGGGUGUGCAUAAUCACACCUGAUCUGUCUGAACUGUAAUUACGUUUUGGGACUUCUGCAGAUUUGGGGAACAUGCCCCGUUCAUUUAAACUGUAAGGCCAGGCUGUGUUAGGAUACUACUGUGUUGGAGCAAUGUUUUCCAAAAUGAUUGACUUAAAAUAGGUCUGACUUCGUAAGAUCUACAAAUUUAUCUUUCAAAGUUUGUAAUUCUCUGACAAAUUAAAUAAAGAGUGUAUCUAAAUACUAGAACAUAACAGUCUUAAUUGUCAGAAGAGCCACUUAAUAAUGUG